CCCUGGAGCGCGAGCACGCGUCUGGCGCGCUCGUUCUCCCUCGCGCUCUCACACACGCGCACAGUCACACAUCACACGCGCGUAGACAUGCCCAUACCCUGACUGACUGCUGCUCCCCUACACCCGCCUCGCGCUACUGCCCUCCUGCUUGCGCGCGCACAUGCACACAUAACCGCUCUGGGUCCGCUUCUUUUCACAGGGGCUGCUGUCGCUUUUGCUUUUGCUUCUGCAGUCGUCUUUAAGCCUCCCCCUCUCUCAAGUUUCCCCGUUCUUGAGCUUCCCCCACUCUCCAGAGCCUCGCUAGAGAGGAUUCCCUCCUCAACCUCACCUAAUUUUUUUAAAAUGUUUUAGCUGCUCCUUUGAGCGCCUCCUGGUGCUCCCAAGGAAGAGGAAAGGAAGCAGCUAUGAAGAGGAAAUUGAUGUUCUACAUGAUGCAGUUGGUUCUUCUCAUUUUCUUGGUGUGCUUGUCUGCAAGAUCAGCGUUGGCUGACCCCAAUGAAGAUGAAGCAAAAAAUAACAUCACCAUCUUUACAAGAAUUCUAGACAGACUACUGGAUGGUUAUGAUAAUCGUCUGAGACCUGGAUUAGGAGAUAGUACAACUGAAGUCUUCACAAACAUAUAUGUGACCAGUUUUGGACCAGUUUCAGAUACAGACAUGGAAUACACAAUAGAUGUUUUCUUCCGCCAAAGAUGGAAAGAUGAGAGAUUAAAAUUUAAGGGUCCAAUGAAUAUUCUUCGAUUGAACAAUUUAAUGGCCAGCAAAAUCUGGACUCCAGAUACAUUCUUUCACAAUGGAAAGAAGUCAGUAGCUCAUAACAUGACAAUGCCAAACAAGCUACUACGAAUUCAAGAUGAUGGGACUCUCUUAUAUACCAUGAGGCUUACAGUCCAAGCUGAAUGUCCAAUGCACCUAGAAGACUUCCCUAUGGAUGCUCAUUCGUGCCCAUUGAAAUUUGGCAGCUAUGCAUAUACAACUUCAGAAGUGACCUACAAAUGGACUUUCAAUGCAUCGAAUUCAGUAGAAGUGGCCCCAGAUGGUUCAAGGUUGAAUCAGUAUGAUCUCAUAGGUCAAACCAUUGGAGAAGAAACAGCUAAAUCAAGUACAGGUGAAUACAAAGUAAUGACAGCUCAUUUUCAUUUGAAGAGGAAGAUUGGUUAUUUUGUGAUUCAGACCUACCUACCCUGCAUCAUGACAGUCAUCCUGUCCCAGGUGUCAUUCUGGCUGAACAGAGAAUCUGUGCCUGCAAGGACAGUCUUUGGAGUAACAACUGUACUAACAAUGACAACUUUAAGCAUCAGUGCUCGAAAUUCCCUGCCCAAAGUAGCCUAUGCCACAGCUAUGGACUGGUUUAUUGCUGUUUGUUAUGCAUUUGUAUUCUCUGCCUUGAUUGAAUUUGCCACUGUAAAUUACUUCACAAAAAGAGGAUGGGCAUGGGAUGGGAAAAGCGUAGUCAAUGAUAAGAAAAAAGAAAAGGCAUCAGUCAUUAAGAAAAACAAUGCCUACGCAGUGGCAGUUGCCAAUUAUGCACCAAAUAUCACCAAGGACUCUGUUCUCCCAACAAUCUCCAAGAGUGCUACCACUUCAGAAUCCAACAAAGCCAAGCCAGAAGCCAAGCCACAGGAAGCAAAGAAAACCUUCAACAGCGUUAGUAAAAUUGACAGGAUGUCAAGAAUAGUUUUUCCAGUCUUAUUUGGUACUUUCAACUUAGUGUACUGGGCAACAUAUCUAAACAGGGAACCUGUCUUACAUGGGUUUGCUCCAUCACACUAAAACCUUAAUUUUAUGCUGACGCUAUAUAACAUCAUUAUAAUCAGAUUGUUUUCCUAUGUACAGUAUGACUAAUAACUGCUAAUCUGUGAACCAAUAUGUACAGAAUGUAUAUAGGCAUCAUGUCCAUUUAUCUCCAAAGGAGGUACACAGAGUUUAUUCUUGGGUUCUGUAAACAGAUGGCACCCAUAGCAAAUAUAGUCUGUUCUAUCCAUGUGAGUUCUCCUAAACUGGGUUUCAAAUAUGCUGAAUUAUGUCCAUACAACUGCAUAUGGUCCUGCAUAACUAUUUAGUAACACUAUUUUUUUAAUUUAAAGUUUAAGAUAUUUUUCUAUAAAAUGACUAAUUCUACUUUAAUGCAAAGAAACUAUCAUUUAAAAGAGAAGGAUUUUUUAAAAGAAGUAAUCUUAAUAAUUUCUUAUGGUAGCAGUGCCCAUGUAAAUAUUACAGAUGUGUGGAGAGCUCAAGUAUUCUCUUAAUUGCAACCAUUAUGAAUGCAAGUUAUGUAUAAAAGCUACUGGAAUGUCAGGGUUAAUCAUUUCUUACUUUUUAGUCAAGCUUUGAAGCUGCUGAUUAACAGCUAGUUCUGUGAUACGAUUGGUGUUCUACUACUGGAGCAAAAGGAUUAGGCUUGGAGGUCGCAAGGAAAGAAAUGGUUCCACUCUAGCCCAAAUAGCUGGAACAACAUCCAUCGCUAUAGCUGAAGUGUUUCUCUUUAUGUCGAGAGCACAAGUGUUGUACAAAAGCACUUGUGCAAUGCUGUGGGGGAGGGGGGAUGUUGGGAGCAAGGCAGUUGGUGCUGAACCAGCCACUCCAUGCCACACUGCAGUAGAAAUACCUGUAGAUGAUAUACAUUAGAAAACAGCUGUGGUACGCCAACAUAAAGAAAAUAAUUUUUCUCCUCUUGGUCAAAAAUACUGGUCAAUAUUAGCUGUUAAAAAGUCUCUAGUGUGCUUGGGUGUCAUUGGGCCCUUUUUCAAGGAUAAUUUAAAAAUGGAAAAAACAUAUAAUUAGUUUGUUGUACAAACAUGCAAAGAGGAGCAGUGUUAAUAAUAAAGAGUUCAUACAUUCUUUAUUUUGCUAAUCACAGAUGUUCUCUGUGGAGAGCUUCACAUGAACCUCCUUACAUGAAAUUGUAUGGGCUGUUUUGGCUCUGAAAAAGUUCAGGUAGAUGUAAAAAGUCAGAGAUCUUUGUCUGGCAAGUGAGGCAGAACAAUCAAGGCAGGAUGUUUCUUUUUUGCUGCAGGUGCACAAAAGAGCAGAAAUUACUUCCAAAUUAACAUUCAGGAUCACGGGUGUAAAUAGUGAACAGUAAAGUGAGAUCAGAUAUUGUUGAUGUUUUGAAAUUUGUUGAUAUGCAGGGGGACAGCUCAUCUCAAUUAUAAAUUCUGAAUCUUUCAAAUAAGCAGUCAUAGGGCUGGUUCACACAUUACUGCAUUUGGUUGCUGUGCAUUCAUCUGACUUGUUGAUGAAUGUACAAACUGAUUUUACUGAAUAACUUACAGAGCAAUCCUAACAAUAUAAAGCCUGCAUAAAUUACACUGGCUUAAGUUAGCCCUAUUCCAAACUCCAUUCAGGAGGAAUUUGACUUAUACAAACCUUUUUGCCAGUAAGGUUCCAACAGGUUGCUAAGCUAUGUGACCAAGCUAAAAGGUGUUUGGAAUAAGUGUAAGUCUCUCCUUGCCUGUCCCACCCCGGAACACCAAUUUUGGUGCAAACUCUCUCAUCCCAACAGAUCUUGAGUUUGGAUUGCACUGUUAGAUCCAAAGGUGCCCUCCACAUGCAGAAGCUGUCUUCUGCUCAUUGAAGGACUGUUUUACACCUUUCACUAGAAUGUUACAUUAAAACAGUGAUACUGAAUCCAAAGAUAUUCUUCCAUUUGUGCAAGCUCUUGUGCAAGCUCUUGCAGAAGUGCAAGCUUUGAAAGCUGCUAUAAAACCUAUUAAUAGUACUAGGCAAAUUAUUGUGCAAGCAUUUGCAGAUCAGCACAAGUGAUUAUUUUUCUUAUGUUCAUGUUUUUUUGGAUUCAAUCCAUAUGUUUGAAGUGAUAAUGAGGAAUGUUAUAGCCAGUGCUUUUUUUCUUUUUUUAAGUAAAAAAUGAGGUGCCAGUACUCAUAUGUUGGCAAAAGUACUGUGGGUGCCAGCACAAAAUAGUUGACAUGGGCAGCAAAAAAAAAAAAAAAAGUGAUGGUACCGUCAUAAAAAAGCACCGGUUACAGCUGUGAUUUAUGUGUGUGGUGAUUACGCAUUCACAUAGGCAAGUCAUUCCUCCAAAUGAUGAACAAGUUUCUGAAAGCUGAUUCAUACAAUGUAAUUUUCAGACAUGGAGUGACUCUUAUAAGAAACUCAAGAGACUCAAUACAGAUGAAAACACAUUUUGUGAGUAGUUCAUAAUCAUCUGGAUAAUUUGCUGUUCAAAAUUUCAUGUAAAGCAACAUUCCAGAAUCUUGGCUGCAGGUUUACAAGAUUAUCUAGUACCAAAAUUGCACAUAGUAACCUUUCACAAGGCAAUUUUCAGUAUUAAUCCAGUCUUGUGAAUCAAUAAUUUUAUCAAUUAAAAAUAAAAAAGCCAAAUGUCCAGAAAAAAACUUUCAGACAUUGAUCAGGGUUAAGCAUAUUGGUGAUAUAAACUUUCUGUAUAUAACUUUUCCAAAGUACAGUUUGUGGGAAAUCUGCCUUAAAAGGCUAGCUUCAUAUUAUUCAUGCAUCCAUUGUCACCACUGGAAACAGUGCUUUGUGAUUUCAGUUUCAUGAGGGAGUCCUCGUGAUUAGGGAUUAUUGCUGCUUUUGUAAAUUGCAACUUUACAUUUUGUUCACAUAAAUUUACAACAAAUUUAUAUAUUAGAAAUAAUUUUGCUAAGAGGUGGACUUUUUAAAAAUAAAAUAAAAUUCAGUGCGCCAUCAGUACUUAAAUGCAAAUGGAAACAAAAUUGGAGCCUCUAUUUGCAAAUUUUGUAUAAUAUUUAAUACUGAUCCAGUAACUAUUUAUCAUGAAACCUUUGCAAAUAUUCCUUAUGCCCCACUAAAGGCCCUGUAAAUCAUCCCACCACAAAUAAUUGUGUACUGUAUUUAGAUUUUAAUAACAUAUUUGGUCAUCAAAAGUAUUUUGAUUCAUAUACAUAUUAGCAGUUAUUAGUUGACCUUUUUUUAAAAAGCACCUUGGUGUCUUUAUAGUGGAAGCAUAUGUAGUCGUAUAGUGUCAUUUAUUGCAGUUUUGUACAGUACUUGAGUAUAGUGCAUAACUAGAUAUUGCAAAGUUUAACACUGUUUAAAUAUUUCUAAAACAAAUUUUAAAUUACCUUAAGAGGUGGAAACACACACACACAAUCAAAUGAUAUUUUCAUUUGCUGUUUUAUUUUCGGUAUUGUUUUGUUUUCAAUUAAUGUGAUUUUGGUCUUUACUCUGCAUGACAAAUAUUGAUGGCAAGGUUACAUAUGCAUUUAAGUGAUUAGAACAAAAAGGUGAGAUGGAUCUUUUGACAUUAAUAGUUCAAUCCUUUACAUGUAUACUCAGAAAUAAGCCCCACUGAGUUCAGCAGGACUUACUUCCAGGUUACCAUAUAUUGGGUUGCAGCCUAAAUCAAGUAAGGUGAUUUACAAUGAGAAAAGGUUGAAAGGAUGCAACAUUACUGCCCCAAGGUAUAUACAUUUAAUCCCCUUUAAUGAAUUCAUCGUCUUCAUUAUCAGAGUUGGAAAUAUGAGCACUUUAUUUGAAACAUUAAAAUAGAAAAUUCUUAUUUUCAUAUCUAUUUAUAUAUAAUGUAGAGCCGUGUAAUACAGAAAUGUCUGCAAUAGUGUGAUAAAGCUGUAUAAGGU